AGGAUUUGUCUAUUAAUCUUCAAUUCAUCAUUUCAAAGCGUGUGACUUAAUUGCGUCGCUGAGGAUUUGGUAAACAGCACGUAAACGUGAAAAUUGACCGUCAGAGGUGCGGCUCUAGAAUCGUUCAAUACUACAAUAUCUCAAUUACAUCAACCCUUCUUGAAAUAACGAUAUAGUCGUACCUUGUCCAACGGUAAACAAUUGCUUACAAUGUGAACUGUGCUGUUUGAUUAAAAUUCGUGUGUUAGAGAGAGGAGGAAUCAUAAAGAGGAGAAAAAGACACUUUAAUUAUCUUUAAAUGAUUUCAAAUCCGUUUUUAAUUCUGAUAGUAUUAACAGCCUGUUUCAACAAUGGAUUUGAAGGCCAUGCCUUAUCCUUUGACGGUGGUAAUUUUCAUGUUUCUUGGAGGUACGAUAAACACCGCGAUGAGUUGUAUUUCGAACUUAAUGUGAAGACGGAAGGAUGGGUUGGUUUUGGAUUCACCUUCACACCACAAAAGAUGAACAACUAUGAUGUUAUUAUGGGUGGAAAGACCCGUGCAGGAACUCCCUAUUUGAAUGACUUUUUUACAGUUGGGCUCACCACGCCGGUCUUAGACUUGAAGCAAAGUUACAUAUUGGACAUGGCCUCGGAGCAAGACGGAAUUACAACACUUCAUUUCCACCGUCCAAGGAUCACAAGUGACUCAGAGGAUAUUCAGUUUAACCUGAGAGUGACAUAAGGCGUUCCUAAGCAGUCGUAAUUGAUCGAUUGCAAGAGAAAAUACCUCAGCAUCAUCUCCUGUCGGGCUUAUCAUCGAAGUAUGGAAACUUCCACUGGUUAAGUUAUGGUGCUUCAAAUACAAAUCUCCGAGUGUCCUUUUCAUGCCUUUGCUGUCGGGAAAACUGAAGGAGCGCGAAUAAAUUGUAGACUGAAAUAAGGCGGUACAAUCCCAUUCUUCAUAGGAGAAAUGUGUUGGAACUUUACAUUUUCCUCCCUCUUCACGGAGAAACAUGCUCCUUACUGCUGGGGAAUCAUCCCAUUUUUGAUAGCUACUGCGUGAGCCGUAAGUGUUGUCCCACCUGAAGCGGAAUGCUUCUAGUAAGGCGUUCGGAAAUUCAUCAAUAACAAUGCAAGCAAACCUAAAAUAAUUCAGCUGUUUGGCUAGAAAUGGAAUAAGCGCCAUCCUCAGCUUUGACUGUUCUGAGCUUAGUUAGAGUUGAGCCAAGGGAAGUAGAA